GGCCACUUAGGCCAUAUAUAGCACUAGUGUGAUGUAUCCCGGUCAGCAGAAACAGAGCUAUAGCCAGAACCAGCAGUCCUACGGUCCUCCAUCAGGAUCGCCGUACCAGCGUCCGCCGGGCCCUCCUUAUGGCCCUCCGCCUGGGCCACCACCUCCAGGCCCACCACCUCAGGGUUUUGGCUACCCACCACAGGGCUACCAACAACAGGGCUACCAACAACAGGGCUACCAGCAACAGGGCUACCAGCAACAGGGCUAUCAGCAGGGCUACCAGCAGCAAAGCUCCCAGAGCCAAGAGUACCAGCGUCCUCAGCAGAAUGCUCCACAAGGUUACCAGCAACAGUCACAACAGUACGGUUCACGUUCUAACAACAACAACAACAACAGCGGUAACAACUAUGCCGGUCCUAACGGUAUGAGUGGUCCACCUUCCCAGAUGCAACACCUGGGUAACACAAACUUCGAGUACCAGUACUCGCAAUGUACGGGUCAGCGUAAGGCCCUCAUCAUUGGUAUCAACUAUUUCGGUUCGAAGAAUCAGCUCCGUGGUUGUAUAAACGAUGCCAAUGCCAUGAAACGUUUCCUCAUGGAUAAGUUCAACUACAAGGAGGAAGACAUGGUUGUCUUGACAGAUGAUCAACGUGAUCAGAGAUCAAUUCCUACAAAAGCCAACAUCCUCAGAGCAAUGCAAUGGCUCGUUGCCGAUGCUAGGCCAAAUGAUUCUUUGGUUUUCCAUUACUCUGGCCACGGUGGAUUGGAGAAGAACUUGACAGGUGAAGAAGAGUCAGGCUAUGAUUCUUGCAUCUAUCCCGUUGAUUUCCAGACAAACGGUUCCAUUAUUGACGAUGUAAUGCAUCAGGUUAUGGUGAGACCUCUACCACAAGGUGCAAGACUCACUGCAUUCUUUGACUCUUGCCAUUCUGGUUCUGCGCUGGACUUGCCAUUUGCCUAUUCCACAAAGGGUGUUAUCAAGGAACCAAACAUGUUGAAGGACGUGGGUAAAGACGGUUUGAACGCUGUCAUGUCAUACGCUCAAGGUAAUAUCAGUGGAGUUUUCGAUUCCUUAAGCUCUGCAUUUACCAGAGCCACCAGAGGUGAUACCAAUAGACAGCAGGUCAUCAUCAAGAAUUCAUCUCCAGCUGAUGUGAUUAUGCUCUCUGGUUCUAAGGACGAACAAACAUCGGCGGACACCACAGAGUACGGUAUGGCUACAGGUGCCAUGUCGUAUUCGUUUAUCAACGUUAUGGCGUCGCAACCAAAUCAGUCCUAUAUCUCUUUGUUAAACAACAUGAGAAAUGCAAUGGCUGGAAAGUAUUCUCAGAAACCACAGUUGAGUGCUUCGCACCCUAUUGAUGUAAACUUGAAGUUCAUCAUGUAA